UGGUUUUAUCUCUCAUUCAUUCUUGAUUGAAUGAGAUUGGCUCAAACGUUUGGUUUUGUUUCUUUUUUGAAUUGAAAUGAAUCGUUUUAAAUCGGCUCGUGUUUAUUGUCAAAACUCAACAACUGAACAACAACAACAACAACAACGAGAAGAAUUUCAACAAAAACAAAGAAGAAAAUCUGAUUGUCCGGAUUCAAUAUCGAUUGCUUUUCAACAGCAAGAACUUCAAACAUUAUUCAAUCAACAAUUCAAUCAGCCAAAUUCAAUCAAUAUGGAAUCGACAUUUCUUCAACCAUCUCCAACACCAUUAUUCAUUUCUGAUCCAUAUCAGUUGUCCAAAUUAUCGAAUGAUUAUUAUUUUCAUUGUCAUAAAAUUCAUAUUGAUUCAGAUUUGAAAACAAUUUUUAAUCCAUCAUCAACAACAACCAACAACAAAAAUGAUAGCCAAAAACGGCCAAAUACCAGCCAUUUUGAUUCAACCGAUGUUAAUAUCACAUCUGGUUUAGCUAAUCGUAUUAUAGCCAAUCGUAAGGAUCUAUUCAGUUCAUAUAUAGCAACAGAUUUUCAAUCGAAUCCGAUCAAUCGAAAUGAUUCAGCACCCUCACGAUUAAAUCAAUCAAAAAAAUUAACAACAUCUGAAACAUGGGCAACACCACCAAUACAUUGUCAUCGUCCAUCGAUAUCGAUUGAUUCAAAUGAUAAUAAUAAUAGUAAUAGUAAUCGAUCAAUUACAACUGCUUCAACCAAAUUAUUACAAUCACCUGAAAUUCUUGAAGAAUUAAAUAUAAAACGUCUAUCGGAAUUGGAUAAUCUUCUAUUUCCUCGAAUACAGGAGAAUAAAAAAUCACGUUCAACAAAUUCAUUGAAUAUUGUGGAAAAAACUACCGAAGAAAUUAAUAAAGAACGAAUGAAGAAUAAAUCAACAUUAUUAAGUCAUUAUUUUGAAGAUGGCAAACGUCGUGUUGAUUUUGUACUGGUACACACUAAACCAUUACAUCCAAAUCAAACAAAAGGUGAAGAAUUCGAACAAAUUCAACAUCGAUCAAUAUUUGAGUAUAAUUUAAAAGAUGAAGGACUUCAUCUGGAAAAAGCAGAAGAAAUAAAUGAUUCACAACAUGUUUUUACAAAAAUCUAUGCAUCUUGGGGUGUACUAACACGAUAUGCGGAAAUAAUGCGACUGAAAAUGCCAAUGCGUACAAUGCAAACAACAUGGAAAAUGUUGUUCGAUGAUGAUGAAGUACAUUCGAUGCGUUUUACAGCACCUUAUUCAAAAGAUAAAGAAUAUCUAUUCGAUAUACCACCACAAAAGGAACAAUUCUUUUCACCAGCACAACGUGCACAAGUUAUUGAAUUUAUAUUGAAACGCAAAAGUUUUUCAACCAAACAGGAUGAUGUUACCGAAUUUGGUAUCAAUAAAUUAUUAUCCGAUCAUGUUUAUACUGCUGCAUAUCCAUUACAUGAAGGUAAAGUUAAUGCCGAUUAUCGUUCACCACGCAUGCAAUUGAUACAGAAUUGGGCAUCAAUCAAAAUGGCAUUUCAUCAUCAACCAUUGGAUGAGAUCAAAAAUUAUUUUGGUGUCAAAAUUGCCCUAUAUUUUGCUUGGCUUGGCUUCUAUACAUCAAUGCUAAUACCGGCAUCUGUUGUUGGUGUUCUUUGUUUUCUUUUUGGUUUUUUCACUUUGGAUAAAGAUAUACCAUCGAAGGAAAUUUGUAAUAAUGUUUAUGAUAAUUACCUAAUGUGUCCACAAUGCGCACAUGAUUGUAAUUUUACACGUGUAUCCGAUUCAUGUAUCUAUGCCAAAGCAACAUAUUUAUUCGAUAAUCCAGCAACAGUAUUUUUUGCUAUAUUUAUGUCAUUAUGGGCAACUGUUUAUUUGGAAAUGUGGAAACGAUAUUCCGCUCGUAUUACUUAUCGUUGGGAUUUAUCAAAUUUUGAUGCUGUUGAAGAAUAUCCUCGACCAGAAUAUCUAGCACGUUUAUCGAAUGUUAGCAACCGACGAUUGAAUGUUAUUACAAGAAUGUAUGAGCCAUAUAUACCGUUUUGGCGUCGUCAAUUACCAUAUACCGUUUUAUCAGCGUCUAUUGUAUUUUUUCUCAUACUCAUUGCAAUGGGCUCAGUUGUUUCAGUUAUUGUUUAUCGUUCAACAAUACGAAAAUCUCGUAAAAUUAAUAUUGGUUUUCUACAAAAAUAUUCAUCGAUUGUUGUAUCAUCAUCAGCUGCCGGAUUGAAUCUAAUAUUCAUUCUGAUAUUAAAUAAUCUAUAUGCAAGAAUUGCAAAUUAUUUAACAGAAUUAGAAAUGCCACGUACACAAACCGAAUUCGAUAAUUCAUUAACAUUGAAAAUGUUUUUAUUGCAAUUUGUUAAUUAUUAUUCAUCGAUAUUUUAUAUUGCAUUCUUUAAAGGACGUUUUAUUGGUAAUCCCGGUGAAUUUGAUGAUGAAUCAUUGACACAAGAGGAAUGUGCAUUUGGUGGAUGUCUGUUGGAACUUGCCAUACAAUUGAGUAUCAUUAUGAUUGGUCGUCAAAUGUUUAGUGCUGCAAUUGAAUUAUGUAUGCCAUUUGCAUAUAAUAUGUUUAAUCGUUGGAAAUAUCGUUCAGGUGAUAAUCGUAAUCGUGUAACACGGUUUAAUAUACCACAAUGGGAAGAAGAUUUCCUACUGACAAGAUGGCUACCAACAUCAUUAUUCUAUGAAUAUCUUGAAAUGGUUAUCCAGUUUGGUUUUGUAACAAUUUUUGUGUCAGCAUUUCCAUUAGCACCAUUAUUUGCAUUAAUCAAUAAUGUUUUUGAAAUUCGUUUGGAUGCCAGAAAAAUGAUUACUGUUUAUAGAAGACCAGUCGCUCAAAGAGUUAAAAACAUUGGAAUAUGGUAUCGAAUAUUGGAUACAAUUUGUAAAUUAUCUGUCAUUACAAAUGCAAUGAUUAUUGCAUUUACUACCGAAUUCGUUCCCCGGCUUAUUUAUUAUUUUGAACAUGGUGCACUUACCGGUUAUGUUAAUUCAACAUUAGCAUUUUUUGAAGCUAAAGUUGUCAACGAACAUUUGAAAUUAGGUUAUGAUGAAUCGAAAUUGACCUAUUGUUUAUAUUCAGAUUAUCGUGAACCACCAUGGGCUGAAGGAAAUUCUCGUUAUAAAUUUACAUCAUUUUAUUAUAAAUUAUUAGCAUUUCGUCUUUUGUUUGUUGUUGUAUUUGAAAAUAUUAUCGCUGCCGUUACAUCUAUGAUGCGUUGGUUAAUACCAGACGUACCGCAACAAUUACGACAACAAAUGCGUCAACAUACUUAUCUUACUAAUGAAUUAAUAUUACAACAAGAAUAUCAACGUGCCAAAGAAAUGUCCGAUGGUUUGGAUCGUGCUCGAACAGCAUUAACAAGAACAGGUCGUAUGAUGACAGCUAACAGUGAUUCAUUUAUGAUCGGUGAUCGUGUUUGGGUACAAGGUAUUAAACCUGGUUAUAUUGUCUAUAUUGGUGAUGUACAAUUUGCAAAAGGUGAAUGGGCUGGUAUUGUAUUGGAUAAAGCGGAAGGAAAAAAUGAUGGCUCAGUGCAUGGAGUACGUUAUUUUCAAUGUCAACCAAAUCAUGGUCUAUUUACACGUUUACAUCGUCUUUGUCGCUAUCCAAUCGAUGUUAUCGAUUUAAAUAAUAAUCCAAUCGAUUUAAAUGAUAAUAAUGAUGAUAAAACAACAACAUCCACAUCGACAACAUCAAAAACUAAAACAAUAUUACCAUCAACAACCACAACAACAACAAGUACAGUUCGUACACAACGAUUAUGUUCGGCUGAUGGAAAAAUGACAACAACAAUAACACGUGUUACAAAAAGUCCAAUACAAAUUCCACAUUAUAUGUUGCCGAUUAAACCAACAAAAAUGAUCACAACUGUUACGACAACAACAACAACAAUGGGAAAACAACCGCAACAGCAAUCGCAACAACAACAAAAACAACCAAAAUCUGUAUUAAAAAGUAGUUGUCGAAUAUCAUCAACCCAAUCACCAUCCACAUCAUCAUCAUUAUCCUCGUCGGAUAAUCAUCGUCGUAAAUCGAAUCAACAACAUCAUGUCCAUUUUUAAAACAAAAACAAAAUUUCACUGUAAAAUAUUUAAUUUUUUCAAUUACUGUUUGAUUUAAUUAUAGAAUUUAUUUGAAAAAUACAAAUCUUUA